AUGGCGGCCCCCAACGACAAGUCAUCGGCGACCGGUGUCCAGACCGACCCGUCUGGUGCCUACGGUGAUGCACGCGCUGUGUAUGCCCUACAAGGCCAAGAACUUCUUCUCCUACCAGGCGCGGUGCAGUUGGUGGGGCCGGCCGGAUACGCUCCAGACCAAGCUCUUAUGCUCCGGCUGCAACAUGAGGAGGAGUCGCAUCGCGAAACCAAACGCCAGCUAUCUCGAGCCCAGGAUGAACUGAAAGAGGCUCAAGAUCGUAUUCGCGAUCUCGAAUGCACGCUGGCUGCCAAAUCGGAGGAGAUUGUCCGACUCGAAGGGAGGGUCACUGAGCUUCGUGGCAAACUACUCGCAUCGGAGAAGACCAUUGACGCUCUUCAAAGCGAACUAACGGCGGCGAGGAAGGCUAUUAAGGGCCUCCAGGACGAUAACAAGCAAGUCAGGGAAGAGCUCAAGGAGUCCAACGCAAAGAUCGAAAGUCUUCGAGACGACAACAAGCAGCUCCGGAAGGAGCUCAACGAGGACAAGGCCGCCAUGGCAGCGCGCCAGGUCGUCUACAACGUUGAAACAAGGAUGCGUGCGUGGUUGUGGCCUGACCUCCCCUUGUUGACGUUGAGGAGCGGUCGCAUGGUCCCCGUGGGCUUUGACUGCCUGUGCUAUUUCCUGCGAGAUUUGGCGCGGCGUAAACCUCCCACCUCGGACAUUCAAGGCCAGGAGUUUGAGACUUCAAAUUUCAUGACCAAGUCUCUUGUGACUGUUUUUAACAGCCUUCCCGGGGACGGACGAGUUGCCCUUCUCAACAACUGGGACCAGCUGAACACUGUCAUGAAGCAGCAAGGCGUGGCCAUCAAAGCAUGGAAGGAUGCAUCGAAGCAACUGCGCGUCGCUGGCAACACAAUUGCCCACCCCGACGACGUCCCAUCCGAGUCCUGGGACGCGACAGUUCUGAAGGCACAGGAGUUAGUCGUUGCUCAAAGUUGGCCGAUGUUGACCUCGACGAGUAUUGACAUGAAUCGAUCUCUCUCUCUCUUAAACUCUCUCUCUCUCUCCUCUCUCCCUCUCUCUUAA